GCCCAAUCCUGCUAGGCUUCCUGAGACAACGCGCGCAUGAAAAGCUAUGGUCCUGCACUUCUAGACUUUUCCAAACAUUGUGAAUCUACCAUGCUGCGGCUUGGGAAGAUCUGCUGCCCAUCAACGUCCUAAUAAUGGCAACGCCUAUUCCCCCAGCCUACUUCGAGCUAAGCUGGUCGAUACUCAGCACCAUCGGUGCCGCAAACGUGCUGUUCGGUCUUCUCGUCAUCGGCAUAACAAGCUUUUCGCAGAUCACCGUGGUCCCUAUCGUCUCAUCGGCUGCCGGCUCUGUCGCGAACGGCCUUUGUUUCUAUGCCUUUUAUGACCAGAACCACUCACUCAAGAACAAGGCGACGGCCUCGGCAUUCGGUGAUGUCUUCUGGAUGAUCCAAGAAGUCGGCCUGUCAUUUUACAGCUAUGCCCUCCUCCGGAAAAUUCUAAAGGACAGGAUGUGGAAGGUCUUCAACACCCUUUUCUGGGCGACAGUUCUCGUCAUCGUCGCUGUCCGGAUCAUGAUCGCCGUAUCACGCGUCAGAUACAUCCUCAAGGGUAACACCAGAAUACAAGACACCGUCAACAGCCUCCACGUCAGCUAUUUCGUCCUCAUUGCAUCACUAGAAUGCCUCAGCGCCUUCUUCCUGCUCAAGACGUUUACCCAAGUCAAAUCAACGUCGGAUAGGGCCGCCUCGAAAGCGGGAUUUUUCAGGUAUCUGAUGCGCAGUACCGAGGUUCGCCUUGCCACGCUGGCCGUUCUGGGAACGAUGAGAGCGGUCACGUACUCCUUCCAGAUGACGGCCCAGAGCGCAACAAAUGUAGCUAGUCAACUCGACCGCUUCGCCUACGCGCUCGAGUGUCUCUUCCCGUCUGUCAUGUUCAUCGACAUAUUGGCAUCUAAACUGGUGUUCACGGCGCAGGGUUACGACCCUACCCAAUCAAGACGUUCGUAUCUGAGAGGAUUUAGCUCUGCCGUAAAAUUGGGCGAGAACUGCUAUGACGGUACGCAGCAGAGCGAGCGGUUGGUCGAAAUCCACGGUGGGAGAGGGAGCUCGCAAGAGAAUGCGUCCAGCCCUAGUCCGCCAGGAUCUGUUGCUGAUCUCCACGGCGGAGAGCCAGGAUCCCAGGGAGGAAUCAACAAGACCGUUGUGAUCAGCGUGAGACAUUCGAUAAGUAGUAGCCCGAACAGGCCGAGACAUUGCCUUACUUUACCUUGAAAAAAUGUCUGUACAGUAUUGAUACUCUAAACA